AUGAACAAAAAAGAGGUGGACAAGGCUUUCAAUGACUCGUGGCUUCAGAUCAACAAGGAACUCAACGUUUUCAAUGGACUAUGGCCAAAUAGACCCAAUGGAGACAAAAUUUUCCGACGCUUUAUCGUGCUCACAGUUUUGAUAACCGUAACUUUGCCUCACGUUCUCGGAAUUGUCAUGCAAUGUGGAAGUAAUAUGGCUUUGUGCGGAGAGAACGUUUGCGGAUUUUGCUAUUGCAGCGGGGUCAUCGCCAAGUUUAUCGUUCCAAUCGUAUCGAAAAAAAAGUUCGUUACCUUAUACGAGAAAAUUGCGCUUAACUGGAAGGAUAUAACUGAUCCGUACGAACAAUCGAUUUUAGAAGAAUUUUCAAAGUUGGGAAGAUUAAAAACUUGGUUCUAUUUCGUUUAUUGCAUAGUGGCUGGUUUUGCCUUUUGCCAGAUGACCGCGUUACCAGCGCUGAUGGACAUCAUUCAACCCCUAAACGAAUCACGACCAAAAAUUUUAGUGACAAAAGCUGAAUACCCUUUUAAUCCCUUCGAUUAUUAUUACGAGCUUUACUUCAUCUAUUGUACAGCAGCUGUUGUAAGUGUCAGUGUACUUGUAUCGACUGAUUCAACGUACUCGGUGAUCAUACAUCAAAGUUUAGGAAUAUUCUCAAUCGUCAAUCAUAGACUGCAGAAGGCAGCACAGCAUAAAAAUCCAGAUGAAUCGUACAGAGUGAUGGUUUCAGCAAUUAAAUUACACAAAUCCGCGCUACAGUUUCUUGAACUAAUCGAAUCCACCUAUCAAAGUGUUUUUUUGAUGUUUAUAUUCGUAACAGUCGCAUUUCUAAGCUUUGGCUCGCUCAUCAUAGUCGAACACUCGGAGGAAAUCAUUGAUUUGAUAAGAAUGACAAUGAUGGAAUUGGGUGCGAUGAUUCACAUAUUUUUCAUAAGCUGGCCAGGACAAUUAGUAAUUGAUCAUAGCGAGAAUUUGUUCUUAUCGACAUAUACAACUAAAUGGUACAACAUGUCCAUGAAAGGAAAAAUACUGUUACAAUUUAUGAUGAUGCGAUGCUUUAAGCCCAGCUUUUUAACAGCUGGAGGAUUUUAUAUUAUGAACUUCGAAAAUUAUGGAUCAAUAGUAAAGACAACUUUGUCGUACGUGACGGUCGCUCUAUCUUUUCAUUAG